GAGAGAGAGAGAGAGUUAGCACUACCUAGAGUGACGCCAUCUCUCCCAUGGCGUCACAUUGACGUAGCGCAUACUUCGGGCAAGUGGAGCCACAUAAAUGCAGUAUUUGACUUUCUCCUCUCAGACGGACACAUAAACAAACCCGCGUUACACUCCACACACUUUGCAAAGCACUCAGCAGCACUGACAGACUCAGUUCGCGGGGAACGGACGGAGAAACACACUCCUCUCACCCGGGAGUUUUUCUUUUUUAAUACAUAUGUUUUUUUUUAUUUCCUACUUUAGAAAAAGUAAGAAGAAACUUUUUAUUUUUUUUGCGAUGCACUCCGCUCAUCAAUAAUACUAAGAAGUUUCUUUUCUUUUUCUUUUUUUGACAUUUUUAUCUGUGUCUCUUUGUGAUUAUUCUGGAUGGAAAUAGGAUACUUCAUGCGAGGUUAUUACCACAUGUAAAGACGGAACCGCCACAGCAAACCAACACAGGUUCGGAAGAGCGCGCCCAGCCGAGCUCCGAGACACGGCAAUCGGACACUUCCUCUGCGACGCCCGCCGAAUCCUCCACGCUCCAGGAGCCCUGUCCCGGCCGCAGCCACGCCACCCCGCAAUCCCGGACACCCAGCACCAUUCAGCGCGAAGCUCUUUCACCAGAUCUAUGGCAUUCUGACAAUGAACAAGCGCGCUCAAUUAUUGGAACAGCUGCAGUUUGUCCAGUUGAAAUGCACACCUCGAGACAUGCCCUGUGUGCAGGCUCAGUACGGGCCCGCCCCUCCAGGCUCAGCCUACUCUGGCCAGUCCUUCAGUUACCAGGGCGACAGCUAUGGCUCUGACCUCAUGACCCCUGACUACACCAAGCUGGACCUUGGUGGCGGUGAGAUCUCAGCAGCCGCCGCCACCACCUCCCUCCCCAGCUUCAAUGUUUUUGUGGAGGGGAGCUACGAGCCCAAGUCCUCCUGCCUUUACCAGAUGCCUCCACACAGGCCCACCAUCAAAAAGGAGGAGGAGAGCUACCCGACUGCUCCGCCACUGGAGGCCAUGUCCUCCUCCACCAUGUACUUUAAACAGUCCCCCCCUUCCACUCCCACCACCCCGUCCCUGCCGCCCCAACCUGGCUCCUCCUUCCUGUGGGAUGAUCACCCCCUAGCACCUCCAACUCACUCCCAUUCUCUGGGUUCCAGCUUGGAUGCAGGCCCCCUCAAGUCGCCCCGCUUUCCACACUUCUACCAGCACUCACCGCCCCAUAGUGGCGGCAGCGUCGGCGGUUAUGAGAGCCUGGGUGGAGGACUGGUUCGCACUUCCUCCUCUUCCUCCUCCUCUUCAUCCUCGGUCUCCCAUCAUCACGGUCCACCCCUGGAGCAGCCCAUGUACCAGCUUCACCGCGGCGCUGGGGGCAGCAGCCUCGCCUUCCGCUCUCUGGCUCUUGGGCCCUGUGGCCCCCUACUAGGAGACAGCCUGCCCUCGCCUCCUCCACGUGGCCCCCAAGGAGAGGGCACCUGUGCAGUGUGUGGGGACAAUGCGGCCUGCCAGCACUACGGCGUACGCACGUGUGAGGGCUGCAAGGGCUUCUUCAAGCGCACCGUGCAGAAAAACGCCAAGUAUGUGUGUCUGGCCAGUAAGAACUGUCCUGUGGACAAGAGGAGACGCAACCGCUGCCAGUACUGCCGCUUUCAGAAGUGUCUGAGCGUUGGCAUGGUGAAGGAAGUGGUGCGUACUGAUAGCUUGAAGGGGCGCCGAGGCCGUCUGCCUUCCAAACCAAAGAGCCCCCUGCAGACGGAAGCGUCCCCUCCUUCUCCACCACUCAGUCUGCUCUCCGCUCUGCUCAGGGCUUACUCCCACUGCACACCCCGUGACCUCGACUACAGCCAGUUCAGUGCUGCCGACCCUCCCACCUCCUCCUCAGAUGCUGAGCACAUCCAGCUCUUCUACAGGCUGCUCACCAUCUCGAUGGAGACCACGCGAUGCUGGGCCGACCGGCUUCCCGGCUUCUCCGAGCUCCAGCGUGACGAUCAGAACCUGCUCAUAGACUCUGCCUUCCUGGAGCUGUUUGUCCUGCGAUUGGCUCACAGGUCGAUGCUGUCGGAGGAUAAACUAGUGUUCUGUAACGGUUUGGUGCUGCACAGGUUCCAGUGCCUUCGUGGGUUCGGAGAAUGGCUGGACUCCAUUCGAGACUUCUCCACCCACCUCCAGAGCCUAAACCUGGACGCCUCUGCCUUCGCCUGCUUGGCUGCUCUCGUACUGCUCACAGAGCAAGUCCCAGGUCUGAAGGACUCAAAGCGGGUUGAGGAGCUGCAGAAUAAAGUUAUCUGUUGUCUCAGAGACCACCUGGGUUGCGGCCCUUCUUCCUCCUCGUCCAAGGCUGCGCCUCCUCUGAGUCGUGUUCUGGGUCUAAGGGCAGAGCUCCGUUCCCAGAGGACCCAGGGCCUUCAACGAAUCUUCUACCUGAAGCUAGAGGACCUGGUACCGCCGCCUCCAUUGAUCGACAGGUUCCUGGACACUCUGCCCUACUGAUGGCCCGGGCUGACCAUGCAGAGAAAAACCCAUGUCAUGUCCUGUUCAGGCCUUUUCCCCCCUCAAGGAGCACGCACACACAUCCAGAAGAGAGUCUCACUCCCCUCUGACUGAUGCAGGGCAGAGAGAGCCAAUCAAAUGCUUUUCACUUAAACAGACAACCGACUAAAUGCUAUUCACCAGUAUAAAGACAAUUACUUAAACGCUUUACCACUUUUUAUUUGAUCCUCCUGUUUUUCACAUGUGGGGGAGGAU